GACAGUUUAUAGAAGAGGUUACCUAAAUUUGUGGUCAUUUUCUCCUAUACUAAUGUUUUGAUAACAAAUGUUACAACUAAUAGAUUAAAGAACAGUUAGGCAAUGGAUAAUUAUGAAGACGAAAUUAGUAGUACAGACGAAGAAAGUUUUUUGGUCAAUAAUGGAUCAUCGUCGAAAAAGAAAUCAGAAGAUAUAAAGAAUGAUGAGGAUAUUGAAGAUAAUAGAAGUGAAUUAAAAUUUGAUAGAGAACUAGAAUCUGAAGAGGAAGUAGAGAAAAGAAAAUUAAUUGAGGAAGCUUUAGAGAAUGAAUGUACAAACGUUACAACUUGGCAAACCUUAGCUGUCAGUACAUAUGGCUUAGUUGCUGAUGAUUUACGCUGCAAAGUGUGGCCUUUACUUCUGGAAGUUGAUCCAUGUCUAGAUGAAAAAAUACCUUCCUUAGAGGAAUUAUCUACUCACAGUGAAUAUCAGCAAGUUGUUCUAGAUGUAAAUAGGUCUCUAAAGAGAUUUCCCCCAGGCAUUCCAUAUAAACAACGUGUUGCUUUGCAAGAUCAGCUUACUGUUCUUAUUUUAAGAGUAAUUAUGAAGUACCCAAAUUUAAGAUAUUAUCAGGGAUAUCAUGAUGUAGCUGUAACUUUUUUAUUAGUUGUUGGAGAAGUGAUAGCCUUUAGGAUAAUGGAAAAAUUAAGCACUUACCAUUUACGAGAGUGCAUGGAACCAACAAUGGAAAAAACCUCUUAUAGACUUAAUUAUAUGUAUGCCCUCUUGUACAAAGUUGAUACUGAGUUGCAUAACUUUAUGGAAAGCGCUUCUGUGGGUACGAUGUUUGCACUGCCAUGGUAUUUAACUUGGUUCGGACAUUCCUUAAACAAGUAUAAGGAUGUAGUAAGACUAUAUGAUUAUUUUUUGGCAACACCUCCAUUAAUGCCAAUAUAUGUUGCAACAUCACUAGUAGUUCAGAGGCGACAAGAGAUAUUUUCAGAGGGUUGUGAUAUGGCAAGCAUUCAUUGUUUGUUAUCCCAAAUACCAGAUGAUUUAGAUUUUGAAGAAAUUUUGACUAGAUCUUCUACAUUCUACAAGAAAUAUCCCCCUGAAAAAUUAGAAUAUUUAGUAAAGAAGAGAGUACAAAAAGAACUUGAUCAACGCAAGAGAGAUGAACAGAUGAUGAGGAAUCGCCUAAAUAAGAACAGAAGCUUAUGGCUGCGAAUAAACAACAAUGUUCCAGCAUGGAUAUUAUUCAAUUUCAGAAAUAGAUACGGAUUAUUAUUUGCAGCUGCAACUGUUUUAAUUGGAUAUAUCUAUUAUAUUAAAGCUACUGAAAACAAAUUUUCAAUUACAAGUUUAUUCAACACAUGACAUUUGCUUAAUCCUGGACCUAUUAAGACUAUGAUGCAUAAAAGAUUUUAUACUAUUUUUUAAUUUAUUUUUAUAUAUGAAUUUGUAUUAUGUAUAAGAUAUAAGCUUUAAGAUAUGUUGAAAUGCUGCAUAUUUUGUGCAUUUUAAAAUACAAUUUUUGGAAUAUAAAUUUGAAAUCAGAGCUCUUUUAUUUUUUAAAUACUCAUUUGCCGUCAAAUUUUAUCACUGAAAAGUAGUACGAUUCUCGUCUUAAGCCAAAGUAAAAUAGCGAUGUAAGCAUGCAACUAGGGCAUUUAUAUAUGACUGUAUAAAAAUUGUAAAUAAUCAGUUUAAAAUGUAAUACAAUAAGAUCAGUAAAUUGUUCACCACUAAAUUAAUGUAAGUGCAAUUUCUAAAUGUAUUUUUGGUUAUUGGAGAAAUAAAGUAUAUAAAUUGUU